AUGACGCGGUUCCACCUCCUCCAGCGGUUCUGCCGCCGUGGAUCGCGCCGCGAUACCCGCCACAGCGAUGUUGCCAACGGAGUGUGGAACCGCGUGAUUCGCGCGGAAAGCACGGCUUGCAGCAGUGCUGCCGCUACCAGCGCUAGCAGCACCGGUGGCUGCUCCACCAUUAGGAUCAAUGGCUGUGAUGGCGGAGCAGGGUUGAUCGGUGGAUCUGGACCGUCCAGAUGGGACCAUCGGCAUCAGGCUGGGCUGCUGGGCUCGAUCAGAUUUGAUCUCCUCCCACGAGUCGAAUCUUCUGAUCGCGAGUCUUGUCACGAGCCUAGCACAGCCACGUCAGCAGAUCCGCGUCAGCAUAGGACCGCGUCGCUAAUCCCGUCCGCUUCUUGCGCCGCCAGCUCCACAUUAGAGGGUCCUUUCCCGUGGAAUGAAGCAACGGCGGAAUUCUCCGCUCCCCAGUUCCGCUUUUCCGCGCCACCCCCGUUUUCCGCCUCUUCCGCCAGCCCUCUUCCCCCCUUCCGUUCCGCCGCCUCCCCCUCCUCCCCGCCGCAUCUCGCUUUCUUUCGUUCCGCUUCCGCAACUUCCGCCUUUCUGCCCGGAAGCUUCGCCUUCUCGGCCGCCGGGUUUCACUCCUCUGCUACUUCCGCGAAUGGCGCCGCAAUCGGCGGCGCCUCCGGCUCUAACACUAGCGACGAAAGCAGCAGCCAAAAUGCAGCCAGCGAGUCCGUUUUGUCUGACGUGCCGCUUCCCUCCGGUGCUGAUGUCAGCGGCGCGGUAUUAGGCGACGGUGCCGCUGACGUCAUCAGUGCUGCCACGUCGGACCUGGGGGUGACAGUGGGGUCUGAGCUGGCAGCGGCGGCGGCGCACUGCUCGGCGCCCAUUGCCGCGUUGCAGCAGCUGAUUGGUGCAGUGCAUGACGUGGCAGGCCUGCCCUGGUGGCUUUCUAUAGCAGCAGCAACGGUGGGGAUCAGGCUCAUCCUGCUGCCUGCAUUUGUCUACCAAGUCAGAUCAACGGUCAAGAUGGCUCUCAUCAAGCCAGAGAUGGAGCGACUGUUGAACAAAGUCAAGGCCGCUGUGAGUCGCUCUGCCCUUCUCCUCCUCUCUCCUCCCACCUCUCUCCUCCUGUCCCCUCCCUCCUCUCUCUUCUCUCCUCUCUCCUCCUCUCCCCCUCCUCUAUUGUUACCCAUUUCUCUCCCACCCCUUCUCCGCAAUGCGUUAAUUAAACCUCGACCUGUGUUUCUGCCAAACCCCCUCCUCAUCACCCUCAUCACCCUCAUCACCUCAUGCAUCACAGGGGGCUACGACACGGAGGCAGUGGCUCACUACAAUGGCAAGAUGCAAGCGCUGCUAAAGAACUUGUGCUUUUCCUCUUUUCCCCGUCAGAUUACCAUAGCCACACCGCACCUGCGUACUCCUUCCUCCCAUCCCUACCAUCUGAGACACAACACCACGCCCUUUGCUCCUCUCCUCGGGAUCUUCCUGCAAGCGCCCAUCUUCAUCGGUUUCUAUUUCGCUAUCACAGGAAUGGCGGAGCACAUGCCAUCGUUCGCAACAGGGGGAGCUUUCUGGUUCACCGACCUCAGUACACCUGAUCCCACCUAUCUGCUGCCUCUCAUGUCCUCUGCUGGCAUCCUGGCUGCUGUGGAGCUGAACGCAGCAGAGGGCAUGGAGGGAGCACCCAAUGCAGCGCAGAUGAAGUGGUUCAUGCGAGGGCUUGCUGUGACCAUGGUGCCGCUCACUGUCACGUUCCCUAAGCUGAAGAAGCAGUUGUCGCAGACGGCUAUAGGAGUGGGGGCUGCAGGCACGCUCUACUGCUUCCUCGGAAUCUCCAUUCAGACUGCCAUCAGCUAUGGCAUCGGAAGCGCUGCCAGCUGCCUCUACCUGCUGCUUCUUUUCAACGACACUGACACCAUUGCCCCCGAGGACCUGCCUCCCGCCUUCCUCAUCGACCGGAACAAGCCCAAGAGGAAGGGCCUGGUUGACAGCCUAGCAACGGUCGACUCGCCCCAGAAGCUCCUGCAGGGCGCUCAGCUCGCCCUCUCCUCGCGCCGUCUGGCCGUGCCUGCUGCCCUCGUGCUGCUCUGGGCCUUCUCCGUGCAAUUCAGCGGCAGCGACCCCAACAGCUUGCACAUCGAGUGCCUGCUCGUGCCUGCUGCCCUCGUGCUGCUCUGGGCCUUCUCCGUGCAGUUCAGCGGCAGUGAUCCCAACAGCUUGCACAUCGAGUCCUCUGCUCACUGUCUGCUAGUCCUCUGCUCGCCCUCUGCUCGUCCUCUGCUCGCCCUCUGCUCGCCCUCUGCUCGUCCCCUGCUCGCCCUCUGCUCGUCCUCUGCUUGCCCUCUGCUCGUCCUCUGCUCGUCCCCUGCUCGCCCUCUGCUCGCCUUCUGA